AUGACCGUAGUGGUCAUCUCCUCUUAUGUCUUCUGGAUAAUGGCUCCUAAGGAGAAUCGAACUGUUUGGAGAAGUACUGUCAUACUAGCUUUAGCUAUGAUGUAUCUAAUGUGGGCCAUCACAUAUUUAUGUCAAUUACAUCCUCUAGUAGAACCUCGUCGUUCUGAUAUGAGACCAGAAUAA